AUGUCAGAUUCUCAGUCCCGCAAACGCUCGAGGUCCGCUGAUGGCGCGAAAUCCGAUAGCGAGUCAUCUGACGAUGAUUUUGGGCCGGCUUUGCCAUCGUCAGUCCCCCCGAAAAAGAAACGCAAGCUCCCAUAUGAAUCUCUGUACGUGGAUGCCUUACCGAAAAGUCUGAGGUAUUCCAAGUCAUUGAUGCACAAGGAUCAGCUGUUGGCCGUGUCAAUUGCUCCGUCGCCUGCUGAUUUCGUUAUUACCACUUCGGUCGAUGGGGUAGUCAAAUUCUGGAAGAAAGUUGCAACGGGGAUCGAGUUCGCCAAAGAGUACCGGGCACAUGAAGGACGCAUAGUGGGCUCCUCAGUCAGCGUCGAUGGCGCUUUCUUCGCCACAGCCGGGGAUGAGGACGACAGCACCAUCAAGAUUUUCGACGUCGUUACCUUCGAUCUACUUUCGAUUUUAAGCCUUGAGAGUCCAGCUUCUUGUAUAUGUUGGGUGCAUCGGAGAGGAGCUUCGCCAAUACUAGCUGUCGCUCUAGGCAAGGAGAUACAAAUUUACGAUGACCCCGGCAACUCACAGACGCCGGUGCAAACUUUGUCUUCCCUCCACAGAGCCCCGGUUGUGGCUAUGGCGUACAACCCAGCCUUUGACUGCGUCGUGUCUGCUGACUCGACCGGCAUGAUUGAAUAUUGGCAACCAGGCGAGAGCUGUGAAAGGCCGGACAGUGUUUUCAAAAUGAAGUCAGCGACAAAUCUAUUCGACUUCAAAAAAGCGAAAUCUGCCCCCUGCUGUAUUACAAUAUCGCCUUCGGGCCACCAAUUUGCCACGAUAUCAUUCCCAGAUCGGAAGAUUCGAGUUUUCGACUUUGCCUCGGGCAAGCUCUAUCGGUCGUACGACGAAUCGCUCGACACCAUAACCUCGAUGCAGCAAGCCGGGACUGCGCUCCAGAAGCUCGACGAAGUUGAGUUUGGACGAAGGAUGGCAGUUGAGCGCGAACUUGACAACCCCACCAUCAGGUCAAGGAUCAACAUUGUUUUUGAUGAAUCAGGCCAUUUCAUCGCAUACGGUUCACUCCUAGGCAUCAAGGUGAUCAAUACCCUCACCAAUCGAGUGAUGAAAGCGUAUGGCAAGGAUGAACCGUUUCGAGCCCUGAACGUGGCCUUGUAUCAGGGAGCUCCUCAGAAGAAAGAGGUGGUGACGGUGUCGAUGGCUGCCAGUGCAAAUCCCCUGCUCCACGAAGCCGAGGCUAGAGACCCUAUGCUGUUUGCGACGGCAUAUGGCAAAAUACGAUUUUACAUGUUCACCAAUGACGAAGAGAUUAGCAAAUCGACCCGCGAUGUGCAAAAUGAGAAGCCCCGAGUUAUUUCGGCAAAGAAAAAGGAAGAAAAGCAGGCUCAGUCAGGCACGUCUGCCGUCCUGCAUACCAGCUAUGGCGAUAUCCAUAUCAGAUUGUUUCCGGACAAGGCUCCCAAAGCGGUGGAGAACUUUGUCACGCAUGCAAGGAACGGCUAUUACAACAACACAAUCUUCCACCGAGUAAUCCGAAAAUUCAUGAUCCAGGGUGGGGAUCCACUGGGCGAUGGCACGGGUGGCGAGAGCAUCUGGGGAAAAGAAUUCGAAGAUGAGUUUUCAGAUCUCAAGCACGACAAGCCAUAUACGGUGAGUAUGGCUAAUGCCGGGCCAAACACAAAUGGGUCACAGUUCUUCAUCACCACCGAGAAAACCCCUUGGUUGGACAAUAAGCACACCAUCUUUGGACGGGCAUACAAAGGGCUGGAUGUGAUCCAUCAGAUUGAAAACGCAAAGGUCCGAAAGGAGAAGCCAGAAGAAGACAUUAAGAUAGUUAAUAUCUCGAUCAGUUAG